UCUCUCUCUCUCUCACUCUCUUACUCACUCACUCACUCUCUCUCCCUUCCCUUAUGCUGACUUUUGAAUUUUCCUCUGCGGGACGCAGGACUCAUUCAUUUGGAAACAGCCUCAUGUGAGCGAGGAGAGAGCACAUACCGGGACAUGGAUAUGACUGUCAGGCAUUACACAGCCAACACAUAACCUAGCUUCUGUUCCUGGCGAGUACAUUUGUAAAGACACCAUAGGGCUGUGUCGUUCAUAGAGAAUAUGCAUCUAAUUAGCCUUUGCGGUCUUUUUUAUCAGCUGUGCUUUUUGGGCAUGUGUGCCACUGCAGAUACGCCGUCUUCUCAGGAUUCGGAGUUUGAAAUCGUAUUCCCAGAGUUGUUUCCACCGCCUCCUGAUAAACCAAAUAUCCGAGAGGGUGACGCCAACGCCGGGAGCAGUUCUCGGGAGGUCCGCUCCAUUUCAAAUUGGGAAAGUUACGAAUCGCAUGAACUGUACAAUCGGGAGUCACCAGGACCGCAAACUAAAGCUGCUUCGGGUUUGCGUCUCAAAAUCCCUGCCUUUGGAAAAGAUCUGGAAUUCAUAUUGAAUCGGGAUACGCGUUUCUUGUCCCAGAAAUUCAUGGUAGAGAAGAGACCGAAAGCACGAAAGGCAUCUCCGCGCAACCCGCCAGAUUUCUCAUCUGCCAACGCGGAGGCAGCGUGUUAUUACAGCGGAACUGUUCUCAAUUACGCAGGAUCCAUCGCCUCAUUCAGCACCUGCGCCGGUCUGAUGGGCUUUAUUCAGCUCAAUGAAGAUUUUCUUUUCAUCGAGCCUUUGAAUCACACUCUGGCGGUCACGGGACAUGCUCACAGACUCUACCGGCGAAAGCGCUCCCUGCCCAAACAGUCUGCACCCAAAUACUGCGGAGUCAUUUCUGAGAAGCACAAGAGUAAGAGCAGGAAGCAUGCAGAGGCUAGCCGAGGGAAGCGCUACUCGUAUAAACUACAGCAGGAGUACAACGUGGAGACACUGGUGGUGGUCGACCCGGCCAUGGUCAGUUACCACGGUUCCGAGGCAGCCAAGCGGUUUGUUCUCACCAUCAUGAACAUGGUCUUUCACCUGUUCCAACACAAGAGCCUUGGCAUCCACAUCAAUAUCCGGCUAACCAAACUGGUGCUGCUCUCCGAAAAACCACCAGAUAUGUACAUAGGGCACCAUGGGGAGAAGAUGUUAGAGAGCUUCUGCCAGUGGCAGCAGGAGGAGUACGGCAGGAAGAGCAUGAUGUCAGACUUCAGCUCCAGAUGGAGGGAUGACUCUCCCUCAGUGGACUCCGCCAUCUUCAUUACGAGGAAGGAUUUCUGCGUCCACAAGGAUGAACCAUGUGAUACAGUGGGGAUUGCGUACCUCAGCGGCAUGUGCAGUGAGAAGAGGAAGUGCAUUCUCGCCGAGGACAACGGCCUCAGCCUGGCCUUCACCAUCGCCCACGAGAUGGGCCACAACAUGGGGGUGAGCCAUGACAACGACCACCCAUCGUGCGCUGACGGCCUCCACAUCAUGUCCGGGGAGUGGAUCAAAGGACAGAACCCCGGAGACGUGUCCUGGUCCACCUGCAGCCGCGAGGAUGUGGAGAAGUUCCUCAGGUCCAAGGCAAGCAGUUGUCUGCUACAGACAGACCCACUCAGUCUGAACUCUGUCAUCUUGCCGUCCAAAUUGCCGGGCGCGACCUACACACCAGAUGAACAGUGUCAGAUCCUCUUCGGGCCCUCUGCCUCACACUGUGAGAAGAUGCAGUAUGUGAUGUGCUCGGGGCUGUGGUGCCAUGUGGAUGGGGAGAAGGACUGCAAAACCAAACUAGACCCCCCCAUGGAUGGGACCGAAUGUGACACCGGAAAGUGGUGCCGGGCUGGAGAGUGUGUGAGCCGGACGGCACAUCCAGAACCGGUGCUGGGAGAGUGGACCUCGUGGGGGCCUUGGGGAACCUGCAGCCGAACCUGCAGCAGCGGCGUCACCGCCCGACAACGCAAGUGUGAGAGCCGCAGGUCUGGUGGGAAAGGGCAGGACUGCCUGGGCACGGGCGCGCAGUACAGGCUGUGUGAGAACCAGCCGUGCCCCGCUGGCACCCCCAGCUUCAGAGAGCAGCAGUGCCAGACAUUCAACCGCCUCGCCCUCCACUGGUACGCAGUCAUGGAUGAUGAGAGGCCGUGUACCCUCUUCUGUUCCUCUUCUGGCAAAGAGCAACCCAUGCUACUCGCCGAGAAGGUGCUGGACGGCACUUCAUGCGGAACCAUGGAAUCUGGCGUUUGUGCCAAUGGGACAUGUCAGAAAGUGGGGUGUGACGGUAUCCUGGGCUCUCAGGCCAGAGAAGACCACUGUGGCGCUUGCAAUGGGAACGGGAAGUCCUGCAAAGUCAUCAAGGGUGACUUCAACCGCACUCGUGGAGCAGCAGGUUAUGUGGAGGCGGUGGUCAUCCCUAAAGGGGCCAGGAGAAUACGUGUGGUGGAGGAGAAGCCUGCCCAGAGUUACCUAGCACUGAAGGACGCCGGCAAGCACUCUAUCAACAGCGACUGGAAGAUCGAGCACCCGGGCACGUUCAGCAUCGCCGGCACCACUGUACACUACGUCCGCAGAGGACUCUGGGAGAAGAUGUCUGCCAAGGGGCCCACCACUUCCCCUCUGCAUCUUAUGGUGCUGCUUUUUAAUGAGCAGAACUACGGGAUCCACUACGAGUACACCAUUCCAGCCGACCCAACUCCAGAGCCCAAGGCGGCACUGGUGCCCAAGCCCAGCGAGUCCCUCUUCAUGUGGACCCACUCAGGCUGGGAGGACUGCCACGCGGUGUGUGGAGGAGGUGAAAGGAAGACUGUUGUCGCUUGCAACCGAAUUGUCAACAAAACGACGAGUGUGGCAGACAGUCGUAAGUGUCGUCACCUGACCAAACCAGAGGCACAAGUACGCAAGUGCAACGAGCAGCCCUGCCAAACAAGGUGGAUGACGACGGACUGGACGGCGUGCUCGCGCACCUGCGGGAAGGGCUCCCAGAGCCGGCAGGUGGCCUGCACCCAGCAGCUGCCCAACGGCACGCAGGUCAAGGCCCGCGACCGCGACUGCGCCGGCCCCAAGCCAGCCUCCCAGCAGCGCUGCGAGGGCCAGGACUGCCUGACCGUCUGGGAGGCUGGCGUGUGGUCCGAGUGCUCAGCCAAGUGCGGGCGGGGGGCGCGCCAUCGCCUGGUGAAGUGCACCAACCCGCGCAGGAAGUGUGACCUGAGCACGCUCCCCCGGGAGGUGGAGGAGUGUGAGGACUAUUCCAAGUGCUACGUCUGGAGGACCGGAGACUGGGCCAAGUGUUCUGUCACCUGCGGGAAAGGAAUGCAGUCCCGGGUCAUCCAAUGCAUGCACAAGAUCACCGGGCGCCACGGCAACGAGUGUUUUUCAUCUGAGAAACCAGCUGCUUACCGACCCUGCCAGCAGCAGCCCUGCAAUGAGAAGAUCAAUGUCAACACCAUCACCUCACCACGUUUAGCUGCUCUGACAUUUAAGUGUCUGCGGGACCAGUGGCCGGUGUACUGCAAGGUCAUCCGGGAGAAGAACCUCUGCACAGACAUGCGCUGGUACCAACGCUGCUGCGAAACGUGCCGGGACUUUUACGCACAGAAGCUGCAGCAGAAAAGUUGACGUGCACUUCCCCACCGUCCCCAGUCCCUGACCCCUCUUCCCUCUACACUCGCAGACAGAAAGGUUCUCCGCUUGUCCCCGUAGAAAGAACCCAGGAAGGUUCUGGCUAGAACCCUGUUUUGAAGUAUGGAGCCCUUUUGGAUAUCAGCUGUAUAAGCAAAGAGACUCCUCUUGUCAGAAAAGACACAGAACCCCUAUAACCCUAAGACAAUAUUGUAAGUGUAAGGGUUCCAUACAGGGAAAAAGCUUUGUAAGUGGAACCUUUAAGGGUUGUUCUACAGGCACAAGCCAAAUAACCCUUUUGUUUAUGGAGUGCAGUUCUGAAAACAUAUAGCCCUUUGGACUAGUGCUUGGCAUUUUGUCUGAUUUCAGUUCAAACAGUGUAUGCACUGCCUCUUGGUCAGUUCCACUCCUGAAUGUUGUAAGCUCAUAUUAUUUAUUAUAGAAGUCUUUCGGUAGUAACAGAUGUUUCUUCUCAAAAUGAGAUCCACUCCAUCUGACAUGUACACUGUAUUCAUACAGAAACAGCUGGAUAGUCUUUGAGUAAUGUACAAAAGAGUUGUACAAAAAGUACCUCUUCAUAAUCCCAAUAUAGCAGUGAAGUUAUGCCAUAGAAAGUUCCAGGUUAGUAUUCUGAUUGGCUGAUGGGCAUUCUAAUGACUGACGUUAUCUUAUGAUAACGCCACUCUGCCUGGUUACUUUGUAUACAGGUGCAGGACACCAGUGCCACUAUCACAUCCCGUGUAUACUGUGUGUACAAUGAUGGCACACAAUCUAAUGGGCUAGAAAAGCAUUUCAAGAUAAACUACUCACAAUCACAUAUACAUAUUACAUAGAAAUGUGCCACACAGACUGAUUGAAAAAAAUAUGAGAUGUAUAAUACUCUGAGUCUGACUUUUCUUGGGACCAAAUGCCAAGCACUAAGGUCAUCUCACCCCCUCCUCUCUUAUUUAUGACAGAUGCACUUCUGAAUGACGCAUCACACAGAACUUACCCAUUACAGACGAACCAGAUCACAUGGGUAAAAAGCACUGUUAUUUAUAUAUAUUUUAUACAAAAGAAAAGCUUGGUUCUUUAGCUAUGCAUAUGGGUAAGGAAGGUGAUACCGGUGGAAAGCACGUCAAGACAAAUAGCUGAACAUCUGUGUCACUUGUGUGGAUCAUGAUGAUCUAUUGGCUUAUUAGUUAUCAUUUAUACUGUAAAGUCAAUUUUGUGUCAUGUUUUAGUUUCAGAAUGCUGAGUUGGUGCUAACUUUUGUUUUUGUUUAUUUUUCUCUCUUUUGCAAUGAUUUUGUUUUCAUCCAGACAUUAAUACUGUGGCCUUUAAUGGAGAGAAUCUACCUAGUUCUUUGAGGGUGCAUAUUGUGAUUCAAAGGACAUCCUGACAAACGUUUCCAUAUUUGCAUUUAAUUAUGAGACACCAACCAGAAGCUUAAUGGAAGGUUAUACACCGAAUUAAUAUAGACUGAUUACAUUUCGUCAAACAUAGCUGCUCUCUCUAAGCGCAAAGACAUGCCAUCCAAGGCGUUUAAUUCAACAGUAACUGAUAAUAUCACUCAAUAAUCCCACUCUUUUGUGACAUGACAAACCAUUAUCAUCACUGUGUAAUUCAGCUUCGUAAAGCUUUACAUUUUCAUGGGUUAUCUACCAAAUGAGGUAUUUCAAACAUUUCACAGUGUUGAUUUCUAACAUGCACGUUAUUUUAUAACAAUUAUCCCUCAUUCCAUGCCAAAAAUAGUGCUGCUUUUUCAAUAAAAAGGCAUCAGAGGAGACCUGUUAUUGAAGUCCUUAAUACCUAAUUUGCUGUCUGAAAACAUGUUUAAAAUCACUUUAACAUAGCAAUGUAAUAAAAAAAUGUGCAAUGGAAUGUACAAUGUUGGCAUUCUGACGAUUUCUGAAAUCCCUUAACAAUGGUGAGAUUUGAAAUGAAACUGCCAACUGCCUCAAUUAGUUUCACAGAGCCAACAUCUGCCUAGGCCUCACAAGUAUGACUACACAUGAGAGAAAAUGAACACUAUCAUUAUCAUUAGCUCAAAUAAACAAGAUAGAUUUUCAUUGGCAAUAAAAGCAUUAGCAUUACAAAAUCAACCACAGAUCACAACCAAUUAGCACAUAACACAUAACUCACCACCAUGAAACCCAAACCGAGAUCCGACUUUAUUUUUAUUAAUAAUUAUUGAAGAAUUUAGUCAGCUUAACAUGUCAUUUGACUCAGUUUUAUCUCAUUUUCACUAGAACAAACAUUGAAAUUUACUUAAUUUUGAAGGGCUCAAAGUGUUUCUGCGAUUUCCUCCUCACUCAGGCACCUGGCUUCCAAAAAACAGUUGCCCAAAUGGGCUUUUUCCAAAGGCCAACCUCCUCCUGUUUCCCCCACAGAAAGGUUACAUGAAACAGGAAGAGACUUUACCCCACCCCACUUUGAGAGGCUCAGUGGUUCAGAGUGAAAAAUGAUCCAAUUUUGUCAGUGGUGAAACCUCGGCCAUCAGGUUCAUCUUCAAAAGCUCUACAACUUUUUUCUGUCUCUAUCUCAAUGUGCUACGUGAACUCAACAUUUAGAUUUUCAGAUGCUUUCGCGUUCUUUAUUAAUGCUCUGGUCUAACUUAGCCCACUUGUUCUACAGUGCUCCUCUUUGCUGCCACAUGCAUAGCAUUUUAAACCAGUUUAUGGUGAAAUAUGCAUGACACACACUGAAACUAGGCCGCAGAUUGUUUUCUAACUGGGUGGGUUAUAAAUAUUUGCAUGUAUAUACAUUACUGCAAAACCCUCUCUGAUGUUUUUUGUUUUUGUUGCAAUUUUUUACUAGUUACGUUUGUUUUAAGAAAAGAUUUGUUAAAAAUAAUCCAAACGACAAAGACAGUCAUUAUUCUGAAACAACAACAUGGCAGGUAGAUAUGCCUUGAAUGAGAUGUGUACUCCAGUGUUUUCAAAGUCAUAAUGUACAUGAUGUCCUUCAUUUCACUGAGGCAAAAGAUAUUCUGGAUUGUCUUUAUAUAAAAAAAAAACAUCAAAAGUAAUGACCAUGUUUGGGUUUCUGUAAGGUGUUAAUGUCUCUAAGUCUAAACCACUUUGUCAAGAAUGAAAACGAUUCAGAACAUGUGGAGGCAGAAACAUGAUAGGACCUAAGAAAGUGCCUAAGACGGAAACAAACCCUCUUAUUUAAUCUUUAAAAGUCGAUAGAACUCUAUCGCAGCAUAGACAGUUUCAUGGACAUGCGUAUUAACCUAUGACAUACCAUGUUUCAAACUGUAAUAAUAUUUAACCUAUGUAAUAAUUUGAAUGACAUUGUAAGUGAAUACAUCCUCAGUUAAUACAAAUUCUCAAGGUCAGUUGUACCACCAUUUAAAACAACAUGGUGCUGGGUAUGCAUUACCACUUUUAUACAUCUGUAUGUUGAAUAAUGAAUGUCAUAUAAUUACUAUAUCAUAUCUGCUAUGAUGCUGCAUAGUGUUGUCACAUGAACUGUAAUUUAAGACUGUUCUGCUACUGACAGAGUUAUGCAGGCAUUAUGACCAGUUGGUUCAGAGAAAGUGUACUGUAAUUGAUUUUUCUCUGCCAUGUUUUGUGUGCAUAUACUCUAUCAGUACUGUAGGAUGCCUAGGAGGCCAUGACUGUCUUUUGUGUGUAAAUUGUAUUUUACAGUACAGUGGUGCUACAAGCUACAAGCUGCUUCUCUCUUUUUCUGCUGCACAAAAAACAAUAGUAUUCAUUUGAUAUGCAUAUGUGUAUCUCUCAUUUCAAAUGGUCACUCAUCACCCUGUACUUGAAGGGGGAAAAGAAAAAAGGAGAUUUUGUUUAAAAAAAAUAACACUGUACAUGUUAACACUGAUUCCCUUUGGGUCUGAUGCAGGCUUUUUAGGGCCAUCAGUUCUGCCAAGUCUACAGGGUUGUAGUAUCGCCAAAGUAUUCUCUUGCAUCAGGUGCUCAAUUAGAAGUACUGGAUCUGUACAUUCAAAACAACUGAAUGCUGCAUUGAAAAUGUGUUCUCCACUGUUCAAGCUUGCCACAAUUGAGGGCUGUGGUUUCUCAUAACUACGUGUAUAUAGCAGUGCCUCACACGAUUAAAAAGAAUUGCCACAA